AUGGAAGGGUUGAUGGAUGAUAUGAGCACAGGCAAGGACACGGGAAUUGACUUGAAUGUUGGUUUAGAUUGGGGAAUGGAUUAUGGAGAUGAUACCGGUGGUGUUAGAGAUAGUGACGAUAUGGAGGACAAUGUCGACACCACUGAUAGUGAUUAUGAGGAUGAUAAUAACACUAACUUUGGUGAUGAUGAUAAAGAGAACAUCUCAGAUGAGCAUUUGCACAGCUUCGAAACACAGCCACACAGCUCAGAUGCACCUCUACACAAAGAUGCUGCAAAUCCAGCCAUGGCUCCACCGUACUCGAGUAUGUAUGACUGGACCUUGCUUGAUAAAGUCGGGAAUGGUAAGCCAUAUUCUAAAUGGGAGUCGGAUGAUGUUUUGGGUUAUGAGUUUGAAACCCUUGUGGAGGCUGCCAAGUUCUAUUCAACUUAUGGUUGUGCCAUGGGAUUCAGCGUACGGAAGAACACUCACACAUUUUCAAAAUAUGGAGUUAAAAAUAUGCAGCGAUGGGUUUGCUCACGCGAGGGGGAGCGUCAACCAGUGCACAAUGACAAGGAGAACAGAAAGCGUGAACCUAGGCCUGUAACAAGGCUCCAUUGUCUGGCAGCUUUCAAAGUCAGUUUUGUUGAGGCAACUAACCGAUUCAAGGUGAAACAGUUUAUACCAACACAUUUUCAUCACUUAGCUGGAGCACAUGAAGUGCAGUUUUUGAGUUCUCAUCGCAAGAUGACGCAAGUAAGGCUCAGAUUCGAUCACUUAGGGCUGCUGGUAUUCGCACCAAUCAAAUAA